UACAGGAGAUGACAAGAGACUGCGGACACAGUACAGGAGAUGACAAGAGACUGCGGACAUAGUACAGGAGAUGACCAGAGACUGCGGACAGUACAGGAGAUGACCAGAGACUGCGGACAUAGAACAGGGGGUGGGGGAGUGACAGCGGAUCCCAUUUAGCAGGGAUCAGAUGAAUAUAAUAACAAAAAAUGAUGCCGAGAGAUGCCAUAACAUGAUGUCCAAAAAUGCCAGGAUAGUACA